CUAUAUUUUUGCAGAAAGUAGGUUAACUCUGCCGCGGUAGUUCCUGUACUCUUCGGCAGCAAAAUUUGGAUUACAGUUUUCAGGAAACCGGUAGACUUUAGGAUUAUUUCAGCCUAGAUUCGGGUGCGAUUGUCACUAUUCACAAGCAGGAGAUCCAUCGCUGUAGGAUCUUUGUGCAUGUAGUGCAGGGCGGGCUCCACAAUGACCGAGGUAGAGCAAAUCUCGUCAGGUAUCCGCUGGGACCCCAAUAACCAGCAGGAUAAUGGACAGAUGUUGAUUGAAGAUGAUGAGUGGGAGGGAGGAGACAGUACAUCCAAAUUGUUUGAAAGAUCCAGAAUCAAGGCUUUAGCAGAUGAGAGAGAAAGUGUACAAAAGAAGACAUUCUGUAAAUGGGUGAACUCCCAUUUGGCACGUGUAGGAGCCCGUAUCCAUGACUUGUAUGUGGAUCUAAGAGAUGGCCGUAUGCUCAUCAAGCUCCUGGAAGUCCUCUCAGGCGAACGACUGCCCAAACCAACAAAGGGUAAGAUGAGGAUUCAUUGCCUGGAGAAUGUUGACAAAUCUCUGUCAUUCUUGUAUGACCAGCGCGUCCAUCUUGAAAACAUGGGAGCCCAUGAUAUAGUAGAUGGAAACCCCAGAUUGACACUAGGUCUCAUCUGGACCAUCAUCCUGAGAUUCCAGAUUCAAGACAUUACCAUAGAAGAAACCGACACCAGCGAGACAAGAUCAGCAAAGGAUGCCCUACUCUUGUGGUGCCAGAUGAAGACUGCGGGAUACUCCAAUGUCAACAUACGUAACUUCACAACCAGUUGGCGGGAUGGUCUCGCCUUUAAUGCCAUCAUUCAUAAACACAGACCUGACUUGAUCAAAUAUGAGAAGCUUCAGAAAUCCAAUGCCAUGUAUAACUUGAACAAUGCCUUUGAUGUGGCUGAGGAUAAGCUUGGUCUUACAAAGCUGCUAGAUGCUGAAGAUGUGAAUGUGGACUUCCCAGAUGAGAAAUCAGUUAUCACAUAUGUGGUGACAUAUUAUCACUACUUCAGUAAGAUGAAGGCUGACUCUGUACAGGGGAGACGUAUUGGAAAGGUAAUUGGAAAUGCUAUUGAUAAUGAUAGCUUGAUAAAUGAAUAUGAGACCUUGACCUCUGACCUACUGGAAUGGAUCGAACAAACCAUCCAAGUCCUGAACGACCGGGAGUUUGCCAACUCACUGAAUGGAGUACAACAGCAACUAACAAGUUUCAACACAUACAGAACUGUGGAGAAACCUCCAAAGUUUGUAGAGAAGGGAAACCUGGAGAUCCAAUUGUUCACUCUUCAGAGCAAGAUGCGGGCUAACAACCAGAAGCCUUACUUCCCAGGAGAGGGCAAGAUGAUUUCAGAUAUCAACAAAGCCUGGGAAAAACUAGAGAAAUCUGAACAUGAACGUGAACUGGCACUGCGCGAAGAGCUUAUCAGACAAGAGAAGCUUGAACAACUAGCUGCCAGGUUUGACCGCAAGGCUGGCAUGAGAGAGACCUGGUUGAGUGAGAACCAGCGUCUAGUCUCUCAGGAUAAUUUCGGCUAUGACUUAGCAGCUGUUGAGGCAGCAACCAGAAAACAUGAGGCUAUUGAGACAGAUAUUAAUGCAUACGAGGAGCGUGUCCAAGCUGUAGUGGCAGUUGCCAAUGAACUACAACAAGAAAACUACCAUGAUAUUGUACGAAUUACUGCAAGAAAAGACAAUGUUCUUCGCCUAUGGAACUACCUACUUGAGCUCCUACGUGCCAGGCGUAUGCGCUUGGAGAUGUCCCUCAACCUGCAGAAGGUCUUCCAGGAGAUGCUCUAUGUACUCGACUGGAUGGAUGAAAUUAAGACUCGCCUGUUAUCUGAAGACUAUGGCAAACAUCUGAUGGGAGUUGAGGACCUCCUGCAAAAGCAUGCUCUCCUAGAAGCUGACAUCAAUGUUGUGGGAGAGCGUGUUAAGACUGUUAAUGGACAAGCCAAGAGAUACGUUGAUGGGGAAGUGGAUGAAGAAGAUUACAAACCAUGUGACCCCCAGAUCGUACAAGACAGAAUGUCCUCCCUGGAGGCUGCCUAUGAGGAGCUCCAACAGCUGGCAGCAGAGCGCAGAGCCAGACUGGAGGAGUCUCGCAAACUCUGGCAGUUCUACUGGGACAUGGCUGAUGAAGAGGGCUGGAUCAAAGAGAAGGAACAGAUCAUGUCCUCACCAGAUCUUGGCCAUGAUCUGACCAGUGUAAACCUAUUGGUAAACAAAAACAAAGCCAUGGAGGAUGAGAUGACAUCCAGACAUACUCACCUUCAAACAGUCACCCAGGUGGGAACUGAUCUCAUUGGAGCUGGAAAUUUCGGAGCUGAUAGGAUUCAAGGGCGUAUAGAUGAGGUCAACACCCAAUGGGAUGCACUGAUUGAAUUGUCUGGAUACCGCAAGAAGAGACUUGCUGAGGCUGUAGACUUCUACCAAUUUUUCGCUGAUGCUGAUGAUGUUGAUACAUGGAUGAUGGACACAUUCCGUCUUGUGUCCAGUGAGGACGUGGGACGUGAUGAGGCCAGUGUACAGUCCUUCCUCAAAAAACACAAGGAUGUAACUGAGGAACUGAACAACUACCAGAGUGUCAUAACUGCACUUAAUGAGCAGGCACAGAACCUUGGAGAGACUGAUCGUGAUUCUCCUGAGGUUCAAGGUCGUCUAGGGGGCAUAGACAGACGCUACCAGGAGCUCCUUAGCCUGGCUACUCUGAGGAAACAACGUCUCCUGGAUGCCCUCUCCCUCUAUAAACUAUUCAAUGAGGCUGAUGAUGUCGAACACUGGAUGCGAGAAAAGGAAAAAGUGUUGGACACAAUGGAACCCUCAGAUGACAUUGAGGACUGUGAGGUGCUCAGGCAGAGGUUCCUUACACUUGACCAGGAGAUGAGUGCCAAUGCCUCCAAGGUUGACACUGUCAAUCAAUUGGCCAGACAACUCAUUCAGGUGGAGCACCCUAACUCAGACCAGGUCCUUGAUCGCCAGAAUGGCCUCAAUGAACGCUGGAAAGCCCUACAAGAGAAGAUCAAACAGAAACGUGAUGAGCUAGAUAUUGCUUACCGUAACCAGAUGUUCAUUAUUGAGUGUGAAGAAACCACUACAUGGAUCAUAGAGAAGAAGAAGCUUGUUGAGUCCACAGAUGAACUAGGUAGUGACCUUGGUAGUGUCAUGGUGCUCCAGCGUCGUCUCAGUGGCAUGGAACGUGACCUGGCAGCCAUACAGAGCAAGCUGGACACUCUCAACCAAGAGGCUGAUAAGCUCGAAGUUGAGAAACCAGAGGAGGCUGUGAAAGUACGACAACAGGUCACUGAACUCACUGUUGUGUGGGCUCAGCUUAAAGACAUGCUGAAAGAGCGAGAUGAAAAACUUGGUGAGGCUGGUGAUCUGCAGAAAUUCUUGCAAGAUUUGGAUCACUUCCAAUCAUGGCUGUCACGUACACAGACCACCAUCGCCAGUGAGGACCAUCCCUCUAGCCUGGCUGAGGCAGAGAAGCUCCUUAACCAGCAUGCUCAGCUGAAGGAGGAGAUGGACCAGUUUGCACCAGAGUAUGCUCGUUUGAAGGAGUAUGGAAGCAAGGUGAUUGAGGGACAAGAUGAGGAUCCACAGUACAUCUUCCUUGGACAGCGCCUUGAGGCAUUGGAUGAUGGUUGGGUAGAGGUAUACCAGAUGUGGGAGAGUAGACAGAACUUGUUGUCCCAGAGCCUCAACCUACAGGUGUUCCUCAGAGAUUCCACCCAAGCUGAGGUCCUUCUCAACCAACAAGAUCACUUCCUAUCAAAGGAAGAAGUACCCACGACGCCAAUUAGCGACAAACAGGUGACGUACAGAUUUGGAGGGCAAUCUUUAGAAGAUGCAGAAAACAAGAUCAAACGUCAUGAAGCAUUUAUCACAACUAUGGAUGCCAAUGAUGAGAAAGUCAAUGCAACUGUUGCUUUCGCUUCUCGCCUUCAAGAUGAGAACCAUUUCGCCAAGGACAAGAUCCAACGUCAGUCAGAGAACAUUGUAGAGCGCCGUAAUGUGAACAGAACACGUGCCUACGAGACCCUUGAGAGACUGAAGGAUGCCCUGACUCUGCAGCAAUUCCUCCAAGAGUGUGAUGAGUUGGGUGAUUGGGUGUCAGACAAGAUCUUGGCUUCACAAGAUGAGACCUACCGCGAUGCUAAAAAUCUCCACAGCAAGUAUGUACGUCACCAAGCCUUCGAGUCUGAGAUACAAUCCAACAAAGACAGACUCUACAAACUACAACAGGAUGCUGAGAAUCUCUUGAGGGAGAAACCAGAAAUGGCAGAGCAGGUCCAACCACGAUUAGAUGAACUCCGUCGACAGUGGGAGGAGCUAGAAUCACACAGCAAUGAGAAAGGAGAGAAACUUUUCGAUGCCAAUCGUGCGGUGAUCUAUGAACAGAGCUGUGAUGAUGUUGAUGGAUGGAUAAAUGAACUAGAAAAACAAAUAAUUAAGACAGAAGAAGGCCAUGAUUUGACAACAGUUAAUUUGUUAAUACAGAACCAAAAUACUAUAGAAACUCAAAUGAAGAUCAAGGAACAACAAGUACAAGAGCUCCAAUCUCAAUCAACAAAACUAAAGGAACUCGACCCUGGUAAAGAGCAAGAAAUAGAAAGCAAGAGGGUCCAAGUGGAAGAAAGGUUCCAGAAGAUCUUAGGUCCUAUCCAAGAAAGACGAACUGGAAUUCUUCGCCAGAAACGUGUUCACCAAUUCCGUCGUGAUAUUGAGGAUGAACAACUUUGGAUUGCCGAAAAAAUGCCACAGGCAACUUCUACAGACUAUGGCAACAGUUUAUUGAGCAACCAAAUGUUAAUAAAGAAAAAUCGCUCAUUGUCAAAUGAAAUUAAUGGGCAUGAGCCACGUAUUGAUAGUGUAUGUGAUGCAGGCCGAGAGAUGAUUGAUGAGGGACAUCCACGUGCAAAUGAAUUCCAGGAACAAAUAGAGGACCUCUUGAACAGAUGGGAUGAACUCCUUGCAGCAGUUGAGGCUAGAAAAAAGAGGCUGGAACUUUCUGAGACAGCACAACAGUAUUAUUUCGAUGCGUCAGAGGCUGAAGCCUGGAUGAGUGAACAAGAGUUGUACAUGAUGGGAGAGGACAGAACCAAGGAUGAGAAUGGAGCCAACAAUAUGUUAAAGAAACACCAUGCUCUAGAAAAAACUGUAGAAGAUUACGCUGAUACAGUAAGAGAACUGGGAGAUCGCUCCAGAGAAUUAAUAGAAUCUGAACACCCAGAAAGUGACCAAAUUAGUGUUCGCCAAUCCAAGGUAGAUAAACUCUAUGCCAGUUUGAAAGAUCUGUCAGGUGAGAGACGAGGCAAACUAGAUGAGAUUCUUCGACUGUUCCAACUUAACCGUGAAAUCGACGAUCUUGAACAAUGGAUCGCAGAACGUGAAGCUGUGGCUGGGGCACAUGAACUUGGCCAAGACUACGAGCAUGUUUGUAUGCUUCGAGACCGAUUCCGUGAAUUUGCCCGGGACACACAAAACAUUGGAGAAGAACGUGUUGCACAAGCCAAUGAGAUCUGUGACCAGCUCAUCCAAUCAGGUCACUCAGACUCUGCAACAAUUGCGGAAUGGAAGGAUCAGAUCAAUGAGGCAUGGUCAGACCUGUUGGAGCUGAUCGACACCCGUACACAAGCCCUGCUUGCAUCCUGGGAGUUGUUCAAGUUCUACCAGGAUUGUAAGGACACUCUUGAGAGAAUACAUGAAAAACAAAAUGCAAUUCCUGAAGAGUUGGGCCGUGAUGCACAAAGUGUGAAGGCCCUCGAGAGAAAGCAUGAGAACUUUGAGAGGGACCUUGUAACACUUGGAACUCAGGUUCAACAAGUACAAGAGGAUUCUGCUAAGCUAGUUGUGGCUUACUCUGGUGACAAGGCUUCAGAAAUACGCCAGAGAGAGGCAGAGGUCCUAAACGCAUGGCGCAACCUACAGGUAAUGUGUGAAGCACGUAAGUUCAAGCUACAUGAUACCAAUGAUCUGUACAGAUUCUUCAACAUGGUCAGAGACCUCCUACUCUGGAUGGAUGACAUCACCAGGCAGAUGAAUACUCAAGAAAAACCAAGAGAUGUGUCUGGUGUUGAGCUGUUAAUGAACAACCACCAGAGCCUGAAGGCUGAGGUAGAUGCCAGAGAAGAAAACUUUGCCAUAUGUAAUAACCUGGGUAAGGACCUGCUACUGAGGAAGCAUUACAGGUCCCCUGAGGUACGAGACAAGUUGAUCUCACUUGCCAUGCAGCGUGGAGUCAUGAUGGAACAGUGGGAAGAUGGUUGGGAACAUUUGCGUCUCAUCCUGGAAGUGUACCAGUUUGCCAGAGAUGCCAGUGUAGCAGAGUCGUGGCUCAUGGCACAUGAACCUUACCUGGUUAACUCAGAUUUAGGAGACAACUUGGAUGCUGUUGAACUGUUGAUCAAGAAACAUGAAGCAUUUGAGAAAUCAGCAGCAACACAAGAAGAAAGAUUUACCUUAUUAGAAAGACUAACCAAUUUUGAGUUGAAGGAACUUGACAAGGAACAACAAGCCAUAUUCCUGAGUGAGCACCCAGAGUCUAAUGCCCAACUGGACCAACAGAAGAUGAGCAGGAGGAUGAGGUACAUGCCUGAUCUGCCUCCAGAGGAACCAGAAAAGCCCCCUACCCCUGAACCUGUUGUGGAAGUUGCAGCUGAGGUUGCCCCAGAAGAGGAGAAGCCAGUAGAAGCCCAGGCAGAGGCUGAGGAGCUACAAGCUGCUGCAGCAGCUCAAAGAGGCCCUAGUGGGUCUCCUGAGGCUGCUGCCCAGCCAGGAGAAGCCCCCAAGAGAGAAAAGCCUGCUAAAUCCUCCACCAAGAGUUUGGACAGGAAAACUAAAGCACCAGUGGAGGACCACGUAGAAGGAAUCCUGGUCAGGAAACAUGAAUGGGAAUCUACAGCUAAGAAGGCAUCACACAGAUCAUGGGACAAACUAUAUGCUGUAUUACAUGGAAAUUCUCUUGCCUUUUACAAGGAUCAGAAACGUGCCAAGGCGGACCCCAACAGUCGCUACCAUAAUGAGCCUGCCAUUGAUCUAACUGGAGCCAGUUGUAUGGUAGCAACAGGCUAUACCAAACGACCACAUGUCUUUAGGUUAAAACUUGACAAUGGUGCUGAAUACUUGUUCCAGUGCAAAGAUAAUGAGGAGAUGGACUCUUGGAUACGCAAGAUAUCCGCAGCAGCUGGAGAAAGUAGCGGUGGAGCCUCACCUGAACGAUCCCAGACCCUACCUUUAGAUACAUCCAAAAAAGAAGAACACAAAAAGAAGGGAUUUUUUACAAUAAAGAAAUAGGACUUCUUAAUAAUAUACCAUAAUACGACUCUUUAAGAGUCAUUCUGGACUUGUACAUUAUUAUAAAAUUAGCUGAUUGUCACUGUGCGUGAAGUUUGGGGUGAACAGGGAUCAAUAUAACCUGAUCUCGUGUGUGACCUUUCUCCUGGGGGGUCAUCUCUCACCCAGUGUCUAGGUGCAAUUUUUGUUUGUGUCAUGAUAUUUAGAUCUUGACCUGUGCUUAUACUGUAAUAUUUUACACAGGUAGUAAUAAGUUUUUAUAUUGUAUUAUUAUUAUGUUAUUAUAAUGCUUUGAUAUCUGGAACCAUAUUGUAUAUAUGGUAUGCCAAGAGUGUGUCACUGCAAAGCGCACACUUGUACAAUAAAUGCCAUAAAUAACUUCUAUUGUAGGUUAAGUUAUAGAGUAGUUUAUCCAAUGCUUAUAAAGCCUCUGAUGUGACAUGAACCUUGUGAUUUUGUAGCAUCGAUGGUCUCAAAUUCAAGCUUAGUUUUGUAGCUCCGUGAUUAGAAUGCACAUUGUAUAUGCUUCAUGAUUAAAAUGCAUAUAUAUGUUUAUAUGCUUCGUGAUUAAAAUGCAUGUAUAUUUUAAGUGCAGCAAGAAUUCAGCAAUCCCCUCUUAAGUUGUAGAUUAGACUAGCCAUCACUGCCAGCAGACCCAAUGUCAUCCCAAGUUUCGCGCACAUCGAUAAAUAUAAGACAACUGAACAUUACAUUUAUACCUUGUAUGUAUUAUACUGUGAUUCACCUUUCAUGCUGUUUAGAUGUAAGCCAGAUCAUUGAAACGUGUGACAUUCUGAGAACCUCUCGACCCUAGAGCCUCAAUUUUAAUUCCCUCACUUGGUCACAGCGCCAUCUAUGCAACAAAUGAGUCGCUUUAUUUCAGUUGCCAAGAAUUGGUAGCUGUUUUCAAAACUGGGUACUUAUAUAUCUGAGGCUGUACAAAAUUGAUAUGUUAUCUAGACAAUUUGGAAUAUAGGUAGAUAUGGUCUUAGUGUCUGUGAAACUUUGCGUUUUGUGGCCUAAGAGGUAAGUUUUGAUACACCACCACCAUGUUAACUUAGGCCAUUGAAAAUAUUGUAUUUCAUCAAAUAUUUUUUAAAUUAGUUAGAAGUGAUGCUAUAAGGCAGUACAAAGCGCAUGUAUAAAGAGGUCAAGGUUAUUUGCUUUAAUCAGGGUGUAGGCUUAGAAUAUGCGAUCAUACCCCUCUUCUCUGCCUCUUGUAGGGGCAUUGUAAAAUUGUAGAUACAUUUUACGCUAUACGUAUUUUAUAUUGAUGUAUUUUUAUGUUUAGUGGAUAUCUGGUUAUGAACAUUAUAGAUACAGGAGUUGCAUGUUGAGACUAAUCAUGGCCCUAAAUGAUACACAUGUGAACAAAGGCUAGGGAAAUGUCAGAACUAAAUAAAACAGACAAUAAACACCUAAAUACUACUACUGACUUAGUUCUGUAUUUUCAUUAGAAUCUAUCAUCUUUGCAGUUUUGGGAAUGCAAAGUUUGGUUAAUUCGAAGGGUCACAAAUACAGCUUUUAAAUGUCUCAUAUUAUUUAGCAUUGGCAUUUCCCUAGCAUCAGGCCUAUUAAGACAUAACUAAUAUAGAAACAAUCAUAAUAAAACAAGCUUAAAGCUUAAUGGUAAUUUACAAAACAAACACAUGUAUAUGCGUCAAUUAUAUGGAACUUGAAAAUCAAAUGAAAAUUGAUUAUUGUGACUGACUCUUGUAGAUAAGGUGUAAUCUAAGGUGAGCUGUUGUUUUAAGGUCUUCAACUACAAAUCUGCUUGCAAAUAAUUUCACAAUGGUCACAAGUUAAUCAUUAUUAGGACACUUAUAGACCAAAGCUGUUGAUUUUGUAACAUUUCACACUUUUAAGAAUACAAAACCUCCAGGAAAAUAGGUUCAUUGUUAUUGAAUUGACAUAAUUUUAUCAUCUUGCUAUUUAACGAUUUGAAAGAAUGGCCAUUGUGAAAGUGUUUGAGAUAAUGAGAAUAUUGUGGGUCCUGCACUACUUUAUGUAAUACUACUUUACCAGGUGUAUGUAAUGUGGAAAUCUUUGGAGGAACAGAAUUAGUGAGUUGAUCAUAUGCCUACAGUUCUACAACUACACGCUGCAUGGAUUGACUUCACAGAUCUAAUACAUGUAAUGAGACACUGGCUACUAUAAAACAGCAAU